AUGAAAACUGUUGUGAUUCUUCUCCUGACAUCAGUAGUUCUAGCAAACUGCCAAGGAGUUCACGCAGUGGAUUACAAUCCUAUCGGAGAUCAACUUUUCAACAACCCCGACAAUUUUGUCCCAGACGGAUACUUCUACAAACCGGGGAACUGGCCUCCAGGAGGACAUGAACAAAUAAGCACUGGACCUGCUUUAGUAGACGGGGCACCUCAGCAGAAUGGUCCUUACCCGUACCCAUAUAAGAAAUAUGAGUCACCAUAUGCUCGCAUUGGAAAGUAG